AUCAACGAAUGAAAAAGUUUGGGGUUAAAUUAGGGAAAAUAGAGUAUUCCAGCUUUCUUGAGAAGAAAAUAGUGGUCGGAGUGAUUGAAACCCAUCAAUGAAGAAGGAAUUCUGAAGAAUCAAUGAAAUGAAAUCCCAUUUCACGCCAACAACUAAAAUUAUGCCUAUUUUGGACAACUCAAAUGACCAAAAUUUGACAGAAAAUGAAGUUGAUUACUCUGGUUUAUAUGCUUAAAUAGGGGCUGGUUUGUAUGAUGAUGGGCCUGAUUUUGAUCGAGCUGGGUUGGAUGUUGAAAAAGGGUUACAAAUAAAUGAACUUGGGCAUGAUGUUGGUGAUGGAAAUGUGUUUGGGCCUAUUUUGGGUGACUCAAACGGAAUAGAAACAACUAAAAUUGAGGUGUCUCUUUUGGACAAUUCAAAUGACCAAAACUUAAUAGGAUAUGAUAUGGAUGGGUCUAGUGUGUAUGUUGAAACAUGGGCUGACUUGGAUGACCAAGUUUUGACAAGAAAUGAAGUUGAUGGAUCGAGUUUUGAUGCUGAAAUUGGGGCUGGUUUUGAUGAUAGUUUUGGGACUGGUUUGUAUGUUGCUUCUAGUGAGGACAACAAUGAAAAUAGUGAUUUUGAGCUUGAUCCUGAGUAUGCACAGAUGCAGACGACUUGGAUAUUGGCGAAACUGCUGAGAAACACUUAAAAGGAUUAGGAAAAAUGGCUUUAGAUAUCGAUAUCGACAUAGACAAUGAUGGUGUCAUUGAAUCUGAUGGUGACUGUAGGCAAGAUGAUAGUUCUACUGAGGAUGGGAGUGAUUAAAAAAAUAUUGAUGAGAUUACAAAGCUUCAUAAACAAAAGAAGAAGUCUAGUAGAACUAAGCUUUCGCAACUACCUGAGUUUAGGUCUGCGGUUGACAUGGAAAAACCAAUAUUCAAGUUGGGGUUAUCAUUUGCUUCAGGGGAAAUUUUUAAGCAAGCAGCGAGGGAAUAUGCCAUACAAAAUGGCAAGGACAUUUUUUUUUUCCAGAAGAAUGACCCUCACAGGAUUAGAGCACAAUGUAAGGGCGUGAAUUGUCCUUGGGUAUGCUUUGCUUCUAAAAUUGAUGGCACUCCUACUUUUGUUGUCAAAACAUAUGUAAGUGAACACAAGUGUGCUAGAAAGAAUACAAAAAGAUUUGCUACAUCAAAAUGGUUGAGUCAAAAGUACCUAAAUGAAUUUAAAAUGCAUGACAAAUGGGGUGUCUCUUCAUUCCAACAAAAAGUCAGUAAGGAUCAUGUGCUUGAAGCGUCAAGAGAUAAGGCUUAUAGGGCUCGACUGAUGGCAACAAAAACCAUUGAAUGGAGUUAUGAAGAACAAUACAGUGCUUUUUGGGAUUAUGCUGAAGAGAUUAAAUGGACUAAUAGGUGUUCAACUAUUGAAUUUUUGACUGAACUAGGUGAGAAUGGUAAGCCGCGUUUCAAGUGGAUGUACCUAUGUUAUGCAGGGUUAAAACAAGGUUUCAAUGAGGGAUGUAGACCAAUCAUAGGUUUGGAUGGUUGUCACAUUAAAGGGGUACAUCCAGGACAAUUACUAACAGCAAUUGGCGUAGAUGCAAAUAACCAGAUGUAUCCAGUUGCUUUUGCUGUGGUAGAAAUAGAAAAUAAGGAGUCUUGGAGCUGGUUUGCGGACCUGUUGUGGGGGGAUUUGAAAAUUGAAAACUCCAACCAUUGGAGCCUCAUUACAGAUAAGCGAAAAGGUUUGGAACAAGCUUUAGGGGUAUGUGGGAAGAAGGGAUACUUGAGGCUGAGCACAAACAUUGUGCUAGGCAUUUGGAGAAGAAUUUCAUCAAGGUUUUCAGAGAUAAAACAUUGAAAGACCUACUAUGGAAGGCUGCUAGAGAAGUAACUAUUUGCAGAUUUGAAGUUGUCAUGACUGAGAUAAAUGCUUUGAAUGAGGAAGCCUUCAAAUGGUUAAUGGUUGUAGGUCCACACCACUGGAGUAGAUCACACUUUAGAGUUCAUCGUAAAUGUGAUAUACUUGUUAAUAAUAUGUGUGAGGGAUUUAAUGGUACAAAGUCAAUAUUGGCUGCUAGAGAUAGGCCUAUAUUGUCAAUGUUUGAACGUAUUCAGAUGUACUUAAUGCAAAGGCUAACCAAGAAUAGGCAAUCAAUUGUCAUGUGGGAGUCCAACCUUGCAUCGAAGAUAGCAGCCCAACUAGAAAAGAACAAGGUUGAAGCAGGUGGUCACUUGCCAACCAAAUCGGAUGAGUGGAUGUAUCAAGUACAAAACAUAUAUGGGGGCAUGUACUCAGUAGAUUUGAAGUGUUGGAUCUGUUCUUGCAGAAGAUGGGAACUUAAUAGGAUUCCGUGUAGUCCUGCUGUUGCGACAAUUUAGAGUAAAAGGGAGGAGUCAGAGCAAUAUGUUAGCAAAUGGUACACCAAGGAAUACUACAUGAAGGCAUACUCUCAACAAAUUUUUCCAAUUAGGAAUCAAGAUGAGUGGCCGAGAAUUGGGAAGAUGAGAAUGAUCAAACAUAUAAGCAAAGUACAAUCGGGGAGACAAAAAAAAAAAAAUAGAAGAGUGGAACUUGAUGAAAUUGCUCCACCAGCAGGGAAGAAAUUAAGAAAGAGAUUCCACAGAAUGAGGUGCUCUAGCUGUGGUGCAGUGGGGCAUAACUUCAGAACUUGCAUUACAAACAACAAAAAUAAGCAAAGACCAUUCGAAGCACCUUCACAAAACAUUCCAGCAAGGUCAAAAAAUACAUAGAAUGGCUGCUGACAUGGUUUCUAGAUGUCGUGUCUCCUUUUGAAUUUUUUUGGAUAGCAUGAAUGAGAACUAAUGUUUUUUGGAUAGCAUGAAUGAGAUUGAAUGUAAUUUGGAUAGCUUUUAUGCUUAGUGAAAUGUUGCUGCCUUUUAUAAAACUUUUGGAUAGUUCUUUUGGUAAUCACUUUGUAAUUCAACUUUUAUCAUAAGCACUUUACAACAGAUUUUGGAUUCUUUUAUUUUCUUCUUCUUAAGUUACUAUGUAUUUGGGCAA